AUACUGGAGACCGCGCUAGUGUUCGCGCGUUUCUCGCGACUAUAAAUUUGUUUAUUGUCGUAUUCGCUGUAAGACUUAAAUCGUAUAAUAUAUUUCUUGCGCACAUCUAAUAAAAAACAACAACAUGCUUGGGUUAUUUCUUGUGGCAAUUGUGGUUGUGGCUCUAUACUUAUACGGGACAAAAAACUUCAAAUACUGGGAGCAAAAAAAAGUGAAACAUGACAAACCAGUACCGUUUUUCGGUAAUAAUACAAGGAAUUAUUUUAUGCAACAAAGCGUAUGCCAAGUGGCAGUGGAAAUGUAUCAGAGGUAUCCAACGGAGAAAGUGGUAGGGUUUUAUCGAGCGUCUCGUCCUGAACUUAUUAUUAGAGACCCAGAAAUUACCAAACGAAUACUCACGACUGACUUUGCUAUGUUUUAUCCGCGUGGACUUAACAUGCAUCGCCAUGAGGUAGAACCUUUGCUUCGAAAUUUAUUUUUCGCUGAUGGUGACCUUUGGAAAUUAUUGCGUCAACGUAUGACACCCGCCUUUACUAGCGGGAAACUAAAGGCUAUGUUUCCGUUAAUCGUAGAACGAGCCGAACGCCUGCAAGACUGGACACUUAACUGUAUUUCCAACGGACAGGAGAUCGACGCCCGCGACCUAAUGGCACGAUACACAACCGACUUCAUUGGUGCCUGUGGAUUUGGACUUGACUCGGAUUCACUUAAAGAGGAGAACUCUGCUUUUCGAAAACUUGGAACUACUAUAUUUCGAGCUGGACCCAAAGAGGUUUUCGUCGUUGUCUUGAAAGAACUCUUUCCUAAUAUAUUCAAAAAAUUAAAACUUUUAUCUCGAGUGGAAAAACGAAUGUAUCAAUUAGUCAACGAAGUCCUACGACAAAGAAAUUAUGAACCAUCGGGUAGAAACGACUUCAUAGAUCUUUUACUUGAAUGUAAGAAAAAAGGAACAAUUAUUGGCGACUCAAUAGAAAAAAUAAAACCAGACGGAACACCAGAAAUCGCAUCUGUAGAAAUGAAUGAAGAUCUCAUAGUAGCUCAAGUAUUUAUAUUUUUCGCCGCUGGUUUCGAAACGUCCUCCUCAGCAACCAGCUUUACCUUACAUGAGCUAGCGCAUCAUCCCGACAUACAAAAUAAGGUACAAGAAGAAAUAGAUAGAGUCUUGGAAAAGUAUAAUAACAAACUAAGCUAUGACGCCAUCAAGGAAAUGCAUUACUUAGAGUGGACAUUUAAAGAAGCAAUGAGAAUAUUCCCGUCACUUGGUGUCUUGAAUAGAGAGUGCGCACACAAGUACACUUUCGAAGAUUUAGAUCUAACCAUUGACGAAGGAGUAAAGGUGAUAAUACCUAUUCAAGCAAUGCAAAAUGAUUCUAAGUAUUUUGACAACCCGAAUGAAUUCCGCCCUGAAAGAUUCGAUCCAAAUAAUUUUUAUAUUGAUAACAAGUAUGUAUACUUGCCAUUUGGUGUUGGACCUCGUGCUUGUAUCGGUGAGCGGCUCGGCCUGAUGCAGUCGCUGGCGGGGCUCGCCGCAGUGCUAUCGUGUUUCACCGUGAGACCAGCACCCUCUAUGCUACGACACCCAAUAAUUAAUCCCGGCUCAGGCAUCGUGCAAGCUAUUAAAGGCGGUCUGCCACUGUUAUUCCGAGAGAGGAAGUCUAAAGGCUAAUAGAUGCUGACCCGACCGGAUCGGACGGAAAUGUAUAUUUUAUAUCAUAGUUUACAAUUUCAGCAAUGGUUAAAUGAGCCCAAUAUAUUGAAUAAACUUCUACUACUAAUAAUAAUUACAAUGAGGUCGCGACACUUUUGCAUUGAGUAUUUUCAUAGUACUAUAAUUAAACCUUUUUGAUGGAGCU